UGCUUUCUUCUCACACCCCACCACCCUAAAAAUCCUCAUCUCUCUCUUUUUCUCUCUUCUCUUUAGAGCAUAGAUUAGUGAACAAAUCAAUGGCUGCAAGGUCUGCAUUUGGUGUUGUGUCUGUAGUGCUGUUGCUGACUCUUGCUGAUGCAAGAAUUCCUGGUGUUUACACUGGUGGAUCCUGGCAGAGCGCCCAUGCUACUUUCUAUGGUGGUAGUGAUGCAUCUGGAACAAUGGGUGGCGCCUGUGGCUAUGGAAACCUCUACAGCCAAGGCUAUGGGGUGAACACUGCAGCGCUGAGCACAGCCCUUUUCAACAAUGGACUUAGUUGCGGUGCUUGUUUCGAAAUCAAGUGCGCUAAUGACCCACAAUGGUGCCACUCCGGCAGCCCAUCAAUCUUUAUCACUGCCACCAACUUUUGCCCUCCUAACUAUGCUCUGCCUAAUGACAAUGGCGGGUGGUGCAACCCUCCUCGCCCUCACUUUGAUCUUGCCAUGCCCAUGUUCCUCAAGAUCGCCGAGUACCAUGCCGGAAUCGUCCCUGUAUCCUAUCGCCGGGUGCCAUGCAGGAAGCAAGGAGGAAUCAGGUUCACAAUCAACGGCUUCCGUUAUUUCAACUUGGUAUUGAUCACCAACGUCGCAGGUGCAGGAGAUAUAGUGAAGGCGAGCGUGAAGGGCUCAAAGACUGGAUGGAUGAGCAUGAGCCGCAAUUGGGGUCAAAACUGGCAAUCAAAUUCUAUUUUGGUUGGUCAGUCACUCUCCUUCAGGGUCACAGGCAGUGACAGACGCAGCUCCACUUCUUGGAAUAUUGUCCCUUCAAAUUGGCAAUUUGGUCAAACUUUCAUUGGAAAGAAUUUCAGGGUUUAAUUUUCCCUUUAAAAUUUUGGAUUUUCCCCCUUUUUCUGGGAAAAUUUGAAAUGGGGAAAAGUGUGCCGGCGAACUUUAAAAAUGGAGUUUUUCUUUGCUUUUUUGGGGUAAAAGGUGAAAAAGUUGAUGUAAUGGAGGAGCUGAGGUGGCUGCAUAGUCAUAUAGCCCGCAGCUUUUAUUUACCGCAAUAUAAUUUAAUAUAAUACAACAUAUA